CCUGUUUCAUUUCUCUCGCCCGAAAUCGCUACCGUUCCGUCUCUUUCGUCUCGACGCGCUCUAGAACCUUCUCCAUCAGAAGCUCUUCCUAGCUCCUUUCCCACUCCGGCGACCGGCGAAACCGAGCCCGGGCAUCCCCAUGCUCCUCCCUACCGACCGGAGUUGCCAGGAAUCUGACAUGCAGGAUGAGGAUAGGGAUCAGACACACUGUGAUACUCGUGGAGUACUCACGGGCUCUGUCGUCUAGCGGGUAGCCACCGGUGCAUGGCGACCGCUUCAAGGCUCUUGCCACAGGAGGGUGUUGCUACGUGUGCCACGGUAGCUCGGCGCGCGCGGCGGCAAGAUUCUUCACCCUGCCUAUAAAAGGGCAUGGUGGCCACGGAGCAACUCAAAGCAAAGCUAAGAAGAUGGCGAGUGAUGCCAUAGAGAAGUGGUGGUGGUGCAUUUCUCCGCGCACUAGCGCCGAGGGUGUCGUAGCCCGGGGCGUAGACACCGGGAGUGGGCGGCACCCCCUUUAGGUUCGGCAGAGGGCGUCGGGGAUCGCUCCGGCGAUCGCUGGCGAGGCCAAUGUCAAGCGUAACGGAACACAAGAUCGCUUUUACCCAGGUUCGGGCCACCCUGAGGUGUAAAACCCUACGUCCUGCUUCUGUGCUUUUAUUAACCGAUGAACAAGGGUUUACAGGUUGUCAGGGGAGUCCCCAGGUGCUCUCUCCUUUCUUGCUAAGGGCUACUUGCUAUUUUCGGCUAAAACUAGUAAGGAACCGAACCCUUCGACCGUUGGCAACGAUCCUCCUUUUAUACUCAAGGGGAUACCACAGGUGCCUUGGUGCAUGGGUGACAAAUGGCGAGCAAAGAACUCGAGCAGCUUGACAAAUGGCGAGCAAAGAACUCGAGCCGCUUCUGGUGCCCAUUUAUGCGUUACUCCAGGGACUCCGCCGUUACGGGCAGAGUAGUGGGGGCGAGAUUUCUGCCUUAACCUCCCCUUAAUCACGGGUGGUUAAGGCCACGCCCCGCAUUCCCCCACUUUAAGCGUACUUAUCCCCAGCACACCCGUAGGGUGCGGAUGCGACCGUUACCCAGCGCUGGGGUACUAUAAGACCCCACCGCUGCGCUGAGGAGCUAACACUUAGCCCCCCAGCCCUUCUACCUCAUCCCCAUUCUUCCUUGCGAUCCUGAUUUUUGCCAAUCUCCAUCUGCAUUCCCCAUGGCGCCCACAGCCCCCAAGAGAGGGAAAGGCUCCAAGAGUUCCGCGGCCGACAAAGCCGAGAAGGCUCCCAAGAAGCCUCUCUCGGAGAAGGACCAGAAGAAGCGGGAGUUGACGGCCACGCAGGCCUUCUUCAGGCCCGGCUACAACGGCGAGGGGCUUGACAAGAUCCGGCAUGCCGUCGCCUCUCGGUUCAACGAGUACGGCGAGACGCUCAUCUUCCCCGCCGGCGCUGAUCACCAGGACAACAACUUCCGGGUGUUCGCCCGCUUCAUCCUCGCCGGGCUGGUACCUCCGUUCUCCCUCUUCCUCCACGCGCUCAUGGCGGCGUACCAGCUCCGGGUCGCGCAGGUCCACCCCACCUCCCUCUUCCUUCUCGCCGUCUUCCAACUCCUGCGAGGGGUUCGUUGGGGUGAUGCCGUCAGUGGCGUUGUUCUGCCACUACUUUUACCCGCGCGUCGAGCAACCGGAGGCGAUGUCGUCAGGGGUGGUGUUCCGUGCCCGCGACAAGAUGAAGUCGGAGUUCAUCGUGCGGACAGAGAAGAAGAUCGAGAAGGAGUGGCGCGCGGAUUGGUGUUGGGUUCGCGUGAGGAUCCCAAUGAGCUCAUCUACGCACCCACCAAGCUGCCCGCAAGCAACAACGGUUGGCGGGACCGCUACAGUUGCGACGCGGAGCUCCUCCCCAUCGUCGAGAGGAUCAAGGCCCUACGGCUAGCGGGCCUCACUGAUCUCGACGUGGCGCGCACCUACAUCAGCCGGCGCAUCGCGCCGCUGCAGCUGCGGUCUCGCCCCGCGUGGCUGUACACGAGGCCCGGGGACAACACGCGCCUACAGAACAAGGGCGUGACCCUGGACGCGAUCCGGGCGUGGGUGAAGGGGAUCACCGGCGAGGAUGCCCCCUUUACGGAUUUGCCCCCGGAGGCUCCUUCCUUCCAUGCCGGCAUCGCGGGGCUGCACGACAUCGUCAGCAGCUACCCGCCUGCAACGAGUGGGGGCUGAUGUCCGAUUCCCCCGCUCGAGCCCCACAACCUCCGCCCGCCGCAGCGCGCGGGAAGCGAGUGGCCGAGGAGAGCGGGGGGGGGGGAAUCGGAGCUCAGCUGGCCCGACGUCGAGUCCCUCCGGCGACGAGGCUGGCCACGUUGCCAGGGCCCAGACAGCCCUUCCUGUGGCAGACGAGACGGACGAGGACGACGCACCUCUGGUGCGGAGGACGAGGGCGCCCGCGGAAGCGGCCGCCUCUGCCGCGGCCACAAUCGCCGUGACGGCUUCCACGGCGACCGGGGCUGUGGCUAUCCCACGAGGGCCUGUGGCUCUGCCCAAGCGGGGAAUCUUCGGGGGCUACACGUUCAAGCUCAACCCCCCAAGGGACAGCACCCCGGCAGGGGCCGGCAAGAGGGGGAGGAUUGACACUGCGCCCGCUGCUCCGAGCAAGAAGCCGCGCACCCGGGCCAGUGUCAGUGCCAGCCAACCCGGCACGGGGGCCAGCGGCACAACCACCACACUUGCCGCCGGCUCGAUCCUGGUGGAGGAGGAGCCCGCAGCGGACCGCCCGACUACAGGAGCCGGGACAGAGGGGGACAAGGCUCCUCCUGCUAGCACGGCGGCCCCACAAGGUACUCGUCCAGAGCCUCCUUGCGUUCGUCGCCGGGUACCCCAGCUUAACCCGGAGCACUAAUUUUGUUCUUUGUCUUUGGCACUGUUUGCGCCCUCAACGAGGGCAGGCGACGCGGUGUCGACCUCACCUCCGACGUCGAGGACGUUGGGGCGGGGGACAAGCCAGAGGCGGCCUCCGCGCCAAGCCCCGCCACCCCAGACACAACGGUGGCGGCCCCCACAGUCUCUACCCGAGCGGGGACCGGCAGCGCGGCCCUGGCCUCGCAAACCGGAGGCACGGAUCCCGCGGCAGCCCAGCAGGAGGCGACUCCUGCCGGGGGCGCGGUUCCUCCACCAGCCCCGCCACCUUCGGACGCGGGGGUGGAGGAGGAAGUGGUGGGGGAGCAGCAGGCGGCUCCCCUGCAAGGAGACGAUGCUCCUCCCGGGCAGACCGUCGUGGCGGGGGUCUCGUCGUCGUCCGCCACUACCUCCAGCCCAGACCCCGGCAUCCUUGCCGGGGCGACUUGGGACUCAAUCACGUGGGCCCCGAGCAUCUAUGAUCAGGGGCAUUAGUUCCUUGAUGCCAUCAAGGCGCGGCAGCUGGCGUUCGUCACCUCCUUCAACAAGGUGAGGGAGUACCACGAGCUCGCGAAGGGCCAGCUCGGCGAGGUGCGGCGAGACGUCGAGAGGGAGCGACAGGAUCUCUCCCGGCUACGGGAGGAGACGCGUCUGGCUCGGCUGGCCAGGGACGAGGCCGCAAUGCCGGUCGUCCCCGAGGCUGAGCUCCAUCGGCAACUGGAGGCCCAACGCGCCGAGCACCAGCAAGCACUGGACUCGCUGGCCGCGGCGCGGGAGAAGGCCAACAAGGAGCACGGGGAGGUGCUCGCGACAACCCAGCCUCGCCUCAACGAGAAGAGCGAGCUGGUCAGCAGCUACUCCUCCCAGCUCCAGGCGCUACGCACGAAGCUGGAGGAGCAGGCCAAGGUUGCGGAGGACGCGGCCGUGGCAUCGGCGCGGCAGGAGAAGGAGCUCAACUCCGCCAAGGAGAGGAGUGCCCACCUCGAGUCGGAAUUGUCCACCGCCCGGGGCGAGCUCGUCAAGCUGGGCGAGGACAAUGUGGCCAAGGCCAAGGAGAUCGCGCGACUCGCGGAACUCCUCCGCAAGGCCAAGCACGCGGUGGCGCUGGCGCGCGGUAACCACGAAAAGCUGGCGGGCAGCGGCGGGAGGAGAACGAGAAGCUCCGCGAGAUCGCCUAGGCCGUGCACGAGCUGCUGCCGAGGUUUGAGCUGCAGGCCGCGAAGGUGGACGGUACAGACGUCAGCACCCUGAUCCCCUUCUUCUCCGACAUGGUGGGGAAGCUCGGGGCGCUGGAUGUAUGGAUCUCCAAGUUCUGCGACGGGGAGACAGCGUCGUGCGCCAGGGAGAUCGCCGACACGAUCCUCUCCCGGGUGCACAACCACCACCCCGACUUCCCCUUCGAGACGCUGCUGGACGCGUGGUCGGACAGCGAGGACGGCCCCUCCCACACCAGGGCGGUAAGCCAUUUUGUCGAUGAAGUGGUGGACUGGAUGCAGAGGAAGCCGGAGCCCCCAGCGGAAGCCCCCGGCAACCAGCCGUCUUAGUUCCCUGCUAGUUUUUGUCUUUCCUUUUGUUUCCUGCAAGUGUCGCGCACGGCGCCGUUGAACAAUUAUGGUUUUUAUUAGUCCAUGUAAACGUUCGCUACUUUUAUGAAUUUCGUUUUCUGGUUCUA